AUUGGAGUGUCGUGUAAGAGUCAAGACCCGGCAGCGGGUUCCCUACAUGAACCACACCCAUGGAACGGAAGAAUCUGAGGAAGCUUUGUCUGGAGUACGAGUGUAAGUUACAGAGCCUGAGAAAUGAACAACCGAAUCUGCCCAAGUGGCUUUAGGUAGUUUACCACUGCCGCGACGGUAAUGUGGCAUGAUAACAGGCGGUAUCAUUUACCUACUUUUACGUAUCGGGAGGUAAAUACUAGUACUGUCAACGACAAGGCCACGCGCAACAUCAGACCAUCAACAGUCCACUCUCCUUCAGAACCUUCGACCACAUUGUCCUCUCAUGGCGGUUCAGAUACUCUCGGACCUUCACUUAGAGGCCCCAAAGGCCUAUGAUACCUUUGAGAUUGUGCCCAAGGCACCGCACCUGGCCUUGCUUGGCGACAUCGGCAACGUUGCCGCACACAAAGACGAUUUCCUCGGUUUUUUGACUCGGCAACUGCGGCAAUUCCAAGCCGUACUCUUCGUCCCUGGGAACCACGAAGCGUAUCAUUCCAACUGGCCCGAGACGCUCGGCAUCCUCCGCGCUUUUCAAGAGGACGUACGCAAGGACGGGUCGCUCGGGGAGUUCGUCUUGCUAGACCGCACUGCCUUCCGGUUGCCCAGCUCCAACGUCGUUAUCCUUGGCUGCAGUCUCUUCUCCCAUGUCCCGCCCGAGAGCCGCGGGGGUGUCAGCUUGGGGCUGAACGACUUCUAUCAAACUAGCGGGUGGGACGUGGACACGCACAACGACGCGCACAAGCGGGAUCUGGAGUGGUUGAACACGCAGGUUGCGGAACUGGAGGACUCUGACGUCAAAAUCGUGAUUCUCACGCACUGGACGCCGACUCGAGACCCCCGCUCCAUCGAACCAAGGCACUUCCGGAGUCCAGUCGCAAGUGCCUUUUCGACCGACUUGUCCGGAGAAAAGUGCUUCAAGAGUGACAGGGUCAAAGUAUGGGCAUUUGGGCACACGCAUUACAAUUGCGACUUCACCGUCGAGAGGGAGGAUGGCGCUGGUCUACUGAGGCUUGUAGCGAACCAGAGGGGAUAUUACUUUGCUCAGAGCGAGGGGUUUGACGGCGAGAAAACGAUUGAGUUAUGAGAACGGAGACGGGGCCUGCAGUAUCACUUAACAUGCAUGUACCGUACUGGAAUGAGUUGGACUGGAAGGUUGGAAACAGGCCUGGCAUUCUGAUCCGCACACACAGACACUGGCAGCACCUGCCCGGUCGCUCUGCAGGACAGGUAUACCUACUACUACUUGAUACGGUGCUGGGCCAACGAAGGCCAUAGUAGUAAUAGAACGCCGAUUUCUGGGCAAGGCUUUCGUC